AGGCAGUAGAACACACACAACACACACGGACACACGGACGGACACACACACACGGAGGCUAGGAGGGCUGCCCGACAACGUGCCUGAAGGACCCCGAAGGGCCCCGCAGGCUAACUAGCUCAGUGCCUGCUGGUCUAGAGCGUUGCCGGGAGGACCAGGUUCCCGGGAGGAUCAGACCUCUUAACAGUCUGGCCCUGGGAUGGCUGGAUCAAGUUCAUGCACUGAUUCAUCCAGCUAAAUACUGUGGAAAGCCAGGUCCGUACUGGGGACCCUGUAUAGGAACUAAGGGGUGAGAUGACCUCCAUCUUGCGAAGUCCUCAGGCUCUCCAGCUCACACUAGCCCUGAUCAAGCCUGAUGCAGUUGCUCAUCCCCUGAUUCUGGAGGCUGUUCAUCAGCAGAUUCUGAGCAACAAGUUCCUCAUUGUACGGAUGAGAGAGCUGCAGUGGGAAAGGGAAGACUGCCGGAGGUUUUACAGAGAGCAUGAAGGGCGGUUUUUCUAUCAGCGGCUGGUGGAGUUCAUGGCCAGUGGUCCAAUCCGAGCCUACAUCCUUGCCCACAAAGAUGCCAUCCAGCGCUGGAGAACACUGAUGGGACCCACCAGGGUAUUUCGAGCACGCCACACGGCCCCAGAUUCCAUUCGUGGGAGUUUGGGCCUCACUGACACCCGAAACACUACCCAUGGCUCAGACUCUGUGGUUUCCGCCAGCAGAGAGAUUGCAGCUUUCUUCCCUGACUUCAGUGAACAGCGCUGGUAUGAAGAAGAGGAACCGCAGCUGCGCCGUGGUCCUGUGCGCUACAGUCCAGAGCAGGGCAUCCACUGUGCAGCUGAAACAGGAGGCCCAAAACCAGACUAGUAAAGUCCUGUCAGUCUCUGAGGGGGAAUCAUGGGCUGAAGGCACUGUCUCUGCUGGACCCCAUCACCUGCCUAAAGGCCUAGCACGGCACUGCCCAGCUGCUGUCAUCUAGCUCUAUCUACCUCUUCUAUGGAAUAUUCAUGGGUAUUAAGGAAGGAUGGUGACGCCUCUUUUUAUGUGUGUUGGGGGCAGUUGAGACAGGUUUCUCUGUGUAACAGCUCUGGCUGUCCCGGAACUUGCUUUGUGAUCAGGCUGGCCUUGAACUCACAGAGAUCUGCCUGCCUCUGCCUUCCAAAUGCUAGGAUUAAAGGCGUGUGCCACUACCACCCAGCUGGUGACUCCUCUUUUUGCAAAGAAAUGUCAUCCUCAUGAAGGAGCCUGCCUGUGGACUAGCCAAGAAAAUGCAAUGACUGUGUAACUAACAUUUGAUAUGGCUUCUUUAAUAAACUCUGUGCUACUGAA